CGAGACUUGAUGACUCACAGCGGGGCCACGUACUCUGGAUCCGGCAGGGUGCGACUGGAUCAACCCCUGGCCUACAGGGACGAACAAGGCAACCUGCAGCUGUACAAACCGGGCGAGGCGCCAACCAUACUGAAACCAAUGACCCCUCAAGAAACGGAAAUUGAAAGCUCUGAUACACACAGCUCCAUGUCCAUCAGAGACGAGAGUCAAGUCGGAGAGGAGGGCCGGAAAUCCGGUGUCGGAGAGACAUACACGCCAGUGAUGAAUCCUCCGCGUUUGUUGUCAAGAAAUGCACAGACUAGUUUCGUCUCCCAAGACGAUGAAAUCGUGGUUCCAGUUUCCCCUGUACCGGAAGUGAAGACCGCGAGGAGACGCAGGAAGGACGUCAUGCGCAACGACAUGGUGUUCAAAGAAAUCGACCAGCACUCAAUGCGGGUAUUUUGGCGCUCAACAUCCGAGCUGAAAACUUCUGAUAAACAGUGAAACCUGUCUAAACAGAAAAGCGUCUAGUGUUGGCCGAUCGUUCGGUUGUUGUUAUGUUUACCGAGGCCUCAUUUCGUUCGUGCCCAUGCAUAGUCCAGUUAAAAUUUGUAACUCGUGCUUAUAACUGCUGAUACGUAUGUGUUUGAUGCAUUAAGGAUGUGUGGAUUUACAUGACUAUGCAUUUCAUAGCCAUAAUUAAGAAGCUGUUCACUACAGGUUCCUAAGGUUGUAAGGUCCGUACCCAU